AUGUCUCAGGAAGGUGAUUAUGGGAAAUGGACGAUAUCCAGUAGCGAUGAAAGCGAGGAGGAAAAGCCCACACUGGAUGAGCCAUCUACCUCUCUCCUCCAUGCUGGGCAGGAAGCAGCCUGUGAGCCACGGUACAACUGUUCCGAGUCUCGGAAAGCCGCCCACAGGAGGAAGAUGUCACCCCUGAAAUUCAGCAACACAGAUGGGGUUUCCGAAGUGUCGCCUCCUAAGAAGCAGAAGAGCAGUUCCCAGGAGGAGCUGGGCUGGCAUCUCUCCAGCAGCGACGAUGAGCUGCCCCCAGAGCCACCACUGACCGCCAGAGACACAGCUGAGAAAGUGAACGUCAAAGAGGAGAAGGGCGCCUCCUCUCCCCAAGACAGUGCUGCUCCAGGGGCUGGAAGUCAUGGCCCUCCUGCCUACCACAGGCUCACCGGGGAGGAAGAGGAGUACGAGACAUCCGGGGAAGGCCAGGACAUUUGGGACAUGCUGGAUAAAGGGAACCCCUUCCGGUUCUACCUCACUAGAGUCUCAGGAAUUAAACCAAAGUAUAACUCUGGAGCCCUCCACAUCAAGGAUAUUUUAUCUCCUCUAUUUGGGACACUUGUAUCUUCAGCACAGUUUAACUACUGUUUUGACGUGGACUGGCUCAUAAGACAGUAUCCCCGGGAGUUCAGGAAUAAGCCAAUCCUGCUGGUGCAUGGCGAUAAACGAGAAGCUAAGGCUCAGCUGCACGCCGAGGCCAAGCCUUAUGGGAACAUCUCCCUCUGCCAGGCAAAGUUGGAUAUUGCAUUUGGAACACACCACACGAAGAUGAUGCUCCUGCUGUACGAAGAAGGCCUCCGGGUGGUCAUACACACCUCCAACCUCAUCCGGGAGGACUGGCACCAGAAGACGCAAGGGAUGUGGGUGAGCCCCUUGUACCCACGUUUGGCCCACGGCACCCACGGGUCUGGAGAGUCGACAACACAUUUUAAAGCCGAUCUCAUCAGCUAUCUGAUGGCUUACAACGCGCCUCCUCUCAAGGAGUGGGUGGACAUCCUCCAGGCCCACGACCUCUCCGAAACCAACGUUUACCUCAUUGGAUCAACCCCAGGACGCUUUCAAGGAAAUCAGAAAGAUAACUGGGGGCACUUUAGGCUUCGGAAGAUCCUGAGAGAGCACGCCUCGUCCAUACCUAAGGCCGAGGCUUGGCCCGUCAUCGGCCAGUUCUCAAGCAUCGGCUCCUUGGGGGCUGACGAGUCCAAAUGGCUGUGUGGUGAAUUCACAGAGACCUUGGUGACCCUGGGGAGGGAAAGCAGGGUUCCCGGGAAGAGCACGGCUCCCCUUCAUCUGAUCUAUCCUUCUGUGGAAAACGUGCGGACCAGUUUAGAAGGGUAUCCAGCCGGGGGCUCUCUUCCCUACAGCAUCCAGACAGCGGAAAAGCAGAACUGGCUCCAUGCCUACUUCCACAAAUGGUCGGCUGAGACGUCUGGCCGCAGCAACGCCAUGCCACAUAUCAAGACAUACAUGAGACCCUCUCCAGACUUCAAUCAGAUCGCGUGGUUCCUUGUCACAAGCGCGAACCUGUCCAAGGCAGCCUGGGGAGCGCUGGAGAAGAGCGGCGCCCAGCUGAUGAUCCGCUCCUACGAGCUCGGCGUCCUCUUCCUCCCGUCGGCAUUUGGCCUGGACAGCUUCAGGGUGAAGCAUAAAUUCUUCUCGGGCAGCCAGGAGCCAGCAGCGUCCUUCCCUGUGCCCUACGACCUGCCUCCAGAGCUGUACGGAAGCAAAGAUCGGCCAUGGAUUUGGAACAUUCCUUAUGUCAAAGCCCCAGACACACACGGGAACAUGUGGGUCCCGUCCUGA